AUGCCUUCCGUCAAGUUCCUCCCCAUCCUCGCUAUCUCCCUCCUCACCGCGCCUCUCGCCAACGCCUACCCCAUUACCGGCGACGUCGUGAACUGUCGCUCGGGCCCAGGCACCAGCUACGACGUAGUCAAGUCCUACAAACUAGACGCCGACGUCUCAAUUACGUGCCAAGCACCCGGCACCGACGUCAAGGGUGACUCGGUCUGGGACAAGACCUCUGACGGCUGCUAUGUCGCGGAUUACUACGUGAAGACCGGUAGCAGCAGCUACGUUACCACGAAGUGCGACGGUGAUGACAACGGGGACGGCGGUGAUGGUGGUAGUUCCGGCGGAAACCUCCCCGGUCUCACCUCGACUCAGUCAAAGCAUGCGAAGGAUAUUAUUGCCGAGGCGAAGAGUGAGGAUCUUGGACGUCAGGGAUGUACCGCUGGUAUUGCUACUGCGAUUGUUGAGUCAAAUAUUCUCAUCUACGCUAACAGUGGCGUCCCCGAGUCUCUGAAAUACCCCCACGACGCAGUGGGUUCUGAUCACGACAGCGUCGGUAUCUUCCAGCAGCGUGCUAUGUUCUAUAAGGAUAUUGCGGCUGAUAUGGAUGCGGGCAAGUCUGCUGGGCAAUUCUUUAAGAAAAUGAAGGGUAUUAGUGGGUGGAAGAGUAUGGAUGUUGGGACUUUGUGCCAGAAGGUUCAGGGCUCUGCUUAUCCUUCUCGGUAUGCUAAGCAGGUUUCGAAGGCCGAGAAAAUUUGCAAGGCGGGUGGGCUUUGA